AUGUCCGCCCUGCUGCCUGCGGAGGCGGUGACGCUGCUGUACCGGCGCUACCUGAAGUCAGCCAACCGCAUCCCAAACGUUACAAUCCGCAUGCUUCUCCUGCAGCAGAUUCGUUCUGGUUUUAGGCGGAAUAAAGGCAUCACGAGCCCUUCAGCGCAGCGUGAGCUUAUUAGUCAGGCCCACAAGGACUUGCAGGUGCUGGAGGAUGAACGACUUUCCCGCACGCUGUACAUCAAUCGUCUCGGCCUCGUCUCGUGCCUCGACUGGGAGGUGCGCCGCACGGAGUACAACUUUACUCCCGAGACCCAAUACUUUCUUUCCGUCUACCUCAUCAUUGGCUUUCUCUUCAUCGCGGUGGUAGUGACAAGUGUGAAGCCGCUGGAGGCACGACAGCCUGAAAUCAACGCCUUGGUGGGCGCCAUGGCAAUGCGACUAGAGGCGGAAUCACCGGAGCAGCUGCGGAAGGUGCGAGAGGAGCAAAUUCGCUCCGGUUUGGAGAGUCAGGCGCACCAGAUGUCGCUGGAGCAGCGUGUUCUUGCCACUUUUCACGAGGCGCCCAAGGUGAAGGUGCUACCGCCGUCACUGCAGAAUCCUAACGGGGCGCUGCGCUACGAGGACUGA